UCGCGGAUGUAUAUAAAAAGAUCGGCUGCUGUAAGCUAGGAAGUGUUCUGACUGCGGUCGACCAGCCGGUGAUCUUCCGUCCUCUCACGCGCUUGAAACAUGGCUCUGAGCCGGCUGGAAAGAGCUCAGAUAUGGCUGUUGAAGGCGGUCACGGAGGUCCUCGUCAUCGUUUUUCGCUUCUUCUCCCCUCGGAGACCUGCUCUGUCCGGGAAGAAGCUCCCGCCCGUCAGAAACCCGCUGCUGCUUAUGUCGGCGACGCAGCUCGCCAAGAAGAUCCGGCGAAAACAGGUGUCCAGCGUAGAGGUGGUGCAGGCUUACAUUGACAGGAUCCAGGAAGUUAACCCUUUUGUGAAUGCUGUUGUGAAAGACAGGUUUGCUGCUGCCCUCCAGGAGGCGGCUCAGGUCGAUAAGCUGAUUGAGGAGGAGACUGGAGGAGAGGAAGUGCUGGAGGACCGGCUGCCUUUAUUAGGAGUCCCACUUUCUGUGAAAGAGUCUUAUGCCCUCCAGGGCAUGCCCUUCACUACAGGCCUGGUCUCCAGGCGAGGGAUCGUGGCCACAGUCGACGCUCCACCUGUGGCCCUGCUGAAGAGAGCGGGUGCCAUCCCGCUGGGUGUCACCAACACAAGCGAGCUCUGCAUGUGGUAUGAAUCGCACAACCACAUCUAUGGCAUCACCAACAACCCGUAUGACCUGGAGAGGAUACCGGGAGGAAGCUCAGGGGGAGAGGGCAGCAUACUGGGAGCGGCAGGUUCAGUCAUCGGUGUGGGCUCAGACAUCGGCGGCAGCAUUCGUAUGCCCUGUUUCUUCAAUGGAAUAUUUGGCCAUAAAACUACUCCAGGUGUCGUGUCCUGUGAGAAUCAGUACCCUCCUUCCUCUGGCAGGCAGGAGGAGUACCUCAGCUCUGGUCCCAUGUGUCGCUACGCUGAAGACCUUCUGCCUAUGCUCAAGAUCAUGGCCGGACCCAGAGUUGACAUGUUGUCCUUAAACACAAAGGUCGACUUAAAGAAGCUGCGGUUCUUCACCAUCCCUCAUGACGGCGGCUCUCCUCUCAUAACCCCCGUCAGCAAAGAGCUCGUAGACAUUCAGAGAAAGGUAGCCGAGCGCCUGGAGGCGGACCUCGGAGUGAAAGUCCAAGAAGUGCAUUUCCCUGAGCUCCGCUACAGCUUUCAGAUCUGGGACACCUACAUGGUCCUUCCUGACAAGGAGGGCAAACCUCCUCAGAUGUUUGCUGAGUUGAUGGGAGAACCAGGACGACCAGCUUGGCCUCUGUGGGAGCUGCUGAAGUGGAUGAUAGGAAGAUCAGACCACACCCUCGCUGCUAUCGCUGUGGGCCUGAUCGAGAUGACUCGCAUGUCCAAAACACCGUCCUCCAUCAUCCAGAUGAAGGAGAAGCUGCAGAAGGAGGUGGAUGAGCUGUUGGGUGCUGACGGUGUUUUCCUUUACCCCUCUCACCCCAAAGUGGCCCCCAAACACCACCACCCGCUCCUAAGACCCUUCGACUUCUCAUACACCGGUAUAAUUAACAUGCUGGGGUUGCCGGUGACUCAGUGCCCUCUGGGUGUGGGUGAGGAGGGUCUGCCUCUGGGCGUGCAGGUCGUUGCAGGGAAGCUGCAGGACCACCUGACCCUCGCUGUGGCCCUCCACCUGGAGAAGACGUUCGGAGGCUGGAAGGACCCCGGAGCAAACUAAAAGCACACGCUCACACAGUAGCAGUCAUCACCAAGCCUGCAGAGCAGGUGUGGUUUGGCUGAGGUAGCGGUACUGCCUGAUGUAGUACACAGAGAGAGCUAGAGUCGUUGCUUUGAAUGUUUUAGUAGGAAACAUUUUGCACUAAUAAGAAUUCAGUCAUGAUUUUGUCAUCUACUCUUUUCACAGACUGCCAUGAACCUGAGCUUUAACAAACUGAAAGGCUAUCAGCUCUCUCUGAGCAUUCACUGUAUGACAUAGGACAGGGUGUUUGUGUAGACAAGCCUCGCACUGUUAGACUUCCCUGGUUUUUCCACCUGCUUCACUCAUGUACGUGCAGACUCAUUGUUACUGUUUUGACUUUCAAAAGGUCAUUUUUGAUUGUUUAUGUUCACACUCGCAGCCACCCAGGUUGUUACUGUCGCUCUAACUGAUUGGACCUCUGCAAACACUCAGCGUGAACCUGAGCAGAAGUCUCCUGAAUACAUUAAAUAAUGAUUUGUGCCACAACUACAGAGGCAAACGGACAGAGCUGACAAUCAGGUAUGGGCUAGACAUGAUCAUGCAUUAAACACUGGAAAUAAAGUGUUAACCAAAGUGCUUCAGAGAUGACAUUAGAUGGUCCAAUAACAGAAUGGCAGGCACCAGUGGAAUAGAGAUUAUGAAGGAAUACUUAUCUGACAUCGGUAGAGGAAAACGGCCUUAAUUUAAUGAUGACAUGAAUGUUGCAGAUCAGUGCAGUGACUGAGGCGCAUGCUUUAUGUUGCAACUCAUUUUAAUUAAUAAAAAAAGUAUUGUUUCAUA